CCUUCUGGUGGAAUGAGGAACUGCAUGAGCAAAGCCGCAGUUUCCUGUCGAGUUUCCAAAGUGAGCGACAGGAAGAAGUUCCUGCUCCGCCCUGGACCUGGAGACACGGAGGAAAACACCCAGACAAUAGGACAACAUUAAAAGUCCUGUCGUUUUCUUCCUUCUAUCCCGAGCACUCACCUCCGCCUCCAUGGCUCUGGAGGCCGCGGUGUGACCGCAUACCUACCACCGAAGAAUCGACCACAGCAGCAGCUGAGUGAAGGACUUCUAGCCGGACUUCCUUCCCGGUGAAAAGUUGUGCGGAGUGACGGGGCUGGUGUCGGAGCAGCAGCAGAAAAGUCAUGACGUCCACAGUGACUUUAGAGGAUGCACUAUCCAAUGUUGACCUGUUGGAGGAGCUGCCGCUCCCUGACCAGCAGCCCUGCAUCGAACCCCUGCCCUCCUCUGUCAUGUACCAGCCGAACUUCAACACCAACUUUGAAGACAGAAAUGCGUUCGUCACAGGCAUCGCCAGAUACAUCGAACAAGCCACCGUCCACUCCAACAUGAAUGAGAUGUUGGAGGAGGGUCAGGAGUACGCCGUCAUGCUCUACACCUGGAGGAGCUGCUCUCGGGCCAUUCCACAGGUGAAGUGUAACGAGCAGCCCAACAGGGUGGAGAUCUACGAGAAGACGGUGGAGGUGCUGGAGCCGGAGGUCACCAAGCUGAUGAACUUCAUGUACUUCCAGAGAACGGCCAUCGACCGCUUCUGCGGCGAAGUCCGCCGCCUGUGUCACACCGAGCGCAGGAAGGACUUUGUGUCGGAGGCGUACCUGAUGACGCUGGGCAAGUUCAUCAACAUGUUCGCCGUCCUGGACGAGCUGAAGAACAUGAAGUGCAGCGUGAAGAACGACCACUCGGCGUACAAAAGAGCUGCUCAGUUCCUCAGGAAGAUGGCGGAACCUUCUUCUAUCCAAGAGUCUCAGAAUCUGUCCAUGUUUUUGGCCAAUCACAACAAGAUCACUCAGUCUCUGCAGCAGCAGCUGGAGGUCAUCAAUGGUUAUGAGGAACUUCUGGCCGACAUCGUGAACCUGUGCGUGGAUUACUACGAGAACAAGAUGUAUCUGACGCCCAGUGAGAAGCACAUGUUGCUGAAGGUGAUGGGCUUCGGUCUGUACCUGAUGGAUGGAAACAGCAGCAACAUCUACAAACUGGACGCCAAGAAGAGGAUCAACCUGACCAAGAUCGACAAGUUCUUCAAGCAGCUGCAGGUGGUUCCUCUGUUCGGAGACAUGCAGAUCGAGUUGUCCCGCUACAUCAAGACCAGCGCUCACUUUGAAGAGAACAAGUCCAGGUGGACCUGCACCUCCAUCUCCAGCAGUCCCCAGUACAACAUCUGUGAGCAGAUGAUCCAGAUCCGUGACGACCACAUGCGCUUCAUCUCAGAGCUAGCUCGCUACAGCAACAGUGAGGUGGUGACCGGUUCAGGGCGACAGGAAGCUCAGAAGACGGACUCGGAGUACAGGAAGUUGUUUGACCUGGCUCUUCAGGGGAUGCAGCUCCUGUCACAGUGGAGCGCUCAUGUCAUGGAAGUGUACUCCUGGAAACUGGUCCACCCCACGGACAAGUACUCCAACAAGGAGUGUCCAGACAACGCCGAGGAGUACGAGCGGGCCACCAGGUACAACUACACCACGGAGGAGAAGUUCGCCCUGGUGGAGGUGAUCGCCAUGAUCAAAGGGCUGCAGGUUCUCAUGGGUCGAAUGGAGAGCGUCUUCAACCACGCCGUCCGUCACACCAUCUACUCCGCCCUGCAGGACUUUGCUCAGGUGACUCUGAGAGAUCCUCUGAGACAGGCCAUCAAGAAGAAGAAGAACGUGGUCCAAAGCGUCCUCCAAGCCAUCAGAAAAACCGUGUGUGACUGGGAGACCGGACGAGAACCUCACAACGACCCGGCUCUGCGAGGAGAGAAGGAUCCUAAAGGUGGAUUUGACAUCAAGGUUCCUCGUCGUGCCGUCGGUCCCUCCAGUACCCAGCUCUACAUGGUCCGGACCAUGCUGGAGUCUCUGAUCGCAGACAAGAGCGGCUCAAAGAAAACGCUCCGCAGCACCCUGGAGGGUCCAACCAUCCUCGACAUCGAGAAGUUCCACCGCGAGUCCUUCUUCUACACUCACCUAACCUUCUGUUUGUGUGGUUCUUCAGAAACCCUGCAGCAGUGCUGUGACCUCUCCCAGCUCUGGUUCAGAGAGUUCUUCUUGGAGCUCACCAUGGGACGCAGAAUCCAGUUCCCCAUUGAGAUGUCCAUGCCCUGGAUCCUCACGGACCACAUCCUGGAGACCAAGGAGGCUUCCAUGAUGGAGUACGUCCUGUAUCCGCUGGAUUUAUACAACGACAGCGCUCACUACGCACUGACCAAGUUCAAGAAACAGUUUCUCUACGACGAGAUCGAAGCCGAGGUGAAUCUGUGCUUCGAUCAGUUUGUUUACAAACUGGCUGAUCAGAUCUUUGCGUACUACAAGAUCCUGGCAGGAAGCCUCCUGCUGGACAAACGUUUAAGAGCGGACUGUAAGAAUCAGGGCGCCAACAUUCCCUGGCCCGCCUCCAACCGCUACGAGACGCUGCUGAAGCAGCGCCACGUCCAGCUCCUGGGCCGCUCCAUCGACCUGAACAGACUCAUCACUCAGAGAGUGUCGGCGGCUCUGGCCAAGUCUCUGGAGCUGGCCAUCAACCGCUUCGAGAGCGAGGACCUGACCUCCAUCAUGGAACUUGAAGGUCUCCUGGACAUCAACAGGAUGACCCACAAGCUCCUGAGCAAGUUCCUGACCCUGGACAGUCUGGACGCCAUGUUCCGUGAGGCCAACCACAAUGUCUCCGCCCCCUACGGACGCAUCACGCUGCAUGUCUUCUGGGAACUCAACUACGACUUCCUGCCCAACUACUGUUACAACGGCUCCACCAACAGGUUUGUGAGGACCAUCCUUCCUUUCUCCCAGGAGUUCCAGAGGGACAAACCCCCCAACGCUCAGCCUCACUAUCUGUACGGAUCAAAGACCUUGAACCUGGCCUACAGCAGCAUCUUCAGCUCCUACAGGAACUUCCUGGGCCCCCCCCACAUCAAAGUCAUGUGUCGUCUGCUGGGCUACCAGGGCAUCGCCGUGGUGAUGGAGGAGCUGCUGAAGGUGGUGAAGAGCCUGCUCCAGGGAACCAUCAUGCAGUAUGUGAAGACCCUGAUGGAGGUGAUGCCCAAGAUCUGCAGACUCCCCCGUCAUGAGUACGGUUCUCCAGGAAUCCUGGAGUUCUUCCACCACCAGCUGAAGGACAUCGUGGAGUACGCCGAGCUGAAGACCGUUUGUUUCCAGAACCUGAGGGAGGUGGGAAACGCUCUGCUCUUCUGUCUGCUCAGUGAACAGAGUCUGUCUCAGGAGGAAGUCGGCGACCUGCUCCACGCUGCCCCCUUCCAGAACAUUCUGCCCAGGGUCCAUGUCAAAGAAGGUGAACGGCUGGAUGCUAAGAUGAAGCGGCUGGAGGCUAAAUAUACGGCUCUGCACAUGGUUCCGCUGAUCGAGCGUCUGGGAACACCUCAGCAAAUUGCCAUCGCUCGUGAGGGCGACCUCCUGACCAAAGAGCGUCUGUGCUGCGGUCUGUCCAUGUUCGAGGUCAUCCUCACCCGUGUCCGUGGGUUCCUCGAUGACCCCAUCUGGCGCGGGCCGCUGCCCAGUAAUGGCGUAAUGCACGUGGACGAAUGUGUGGAGUUUCACCGCCUGUGGAGCGCCAUGCAGUUUGUGUACUGCAUCCCAGUGGGCGCUCACGAGUUCACUGUGGAACAGUGUUUCGGAGACGGGCUCCACUGGGCCGGCUGUAUGAUCAUCGCCCUGCUGAGUCAGCAGAGACGCUUCGACAUCCUGGACUUCAGUUACCACCUGCUGAAGGUCCAGAAACACGACGGGAAAGACGAGAUCAUCAAGAGUGUGUCCCUGAAGAAGAUGGUGGACAGAAUCAGGAGGUUCCAGGUCCUGAACAAUGAAAUCUUCGCCAUCCUGAACAAGUACCUGAAGUCCGGAGACGGGGAGAACAUGCCCGUGGAGCACGUACGCUGUUUCCAGCCGCCCAUCCACCAGUCGCUGGCCAGCAGCUGAGGGCGCCACUGAGUGCUCACCGUCACUGUGCCCCUGACUGAAGGGGGCGGGGCCACAGUGGUGUCAGAUAAGAACUUUAUUUUCACACGUGCCUUAUUCCAGAUCUAAAAAUAAUCUUUUAUAGAAAAAAAAAUGUUUUAUACUUUUGCAGAAAGCUUUAGAAAAGGGAAGUGCUUUUAUUUUGAAACUGUUUCCAGCAGUGAACAUUCUGUGGGUGAAGGUGAAAUGAUUCGACUGCAUGAUCAGAAAGAACGAAGCUAACGCGGCUAAUAGUGUUUCAGCAUUUAUUCACUGUUUUAAAUCAUUUUAAUUCAAUAAAUAUGUAACAAAUCUGCA